AUGGAUCAGCAAAGAGGAUUUCAAGCUCAGUGGAUGGAUCAGCAAGGGGAAUUUCAAAUGCAUAAGAUGGAACAACAACAAGAACAAUAUGCCAAAAUGUACGAAGCCAUCAACAACUCAGCUGCUGAACAUGAAAGGUCCAUGGAGAAUGUAAUACAAGAACAGGCUCAGAUAAGGAAAGAGCAGGCUCAGCAAAGGGAGCUCCUCCACAGGAUGGAUGGUAGACAAGACACUUUUCAUAGGGAAUUCAAUGAAAAUAGAAUGUUCAAGGAGGCUAGACAUAGAGAUAGAAUUGAGUAUGAUAUGUGCACUCAAGAAAAACUCAACUACAUUUGUAGAACACUCCCAGUGCUCAACCCACAAAUCCUAACAUUCAAUGAAGCACACAAGGUAUUAGAAGAACAGGAAAUUACAAGGGUGAAAUUUAAUAUUCAAAGGCUAAAGGAAAGGAUGGUUGAAGUUUCUAGUGGAAGAGAAAAACCCUCUAGAAUAGUUGAUAAAGAUGAAGGAUUAGAGAAGUUUAAUGCUGCAAAGUUAAAGAAGCUUAGAGCAAACUUCAAUCCAAAUGGUGGUACUGUGACUGCUGGCAAUGCUUCUAGCAUAAGUGAUGAAGCUGCUGCGAUAGUGCUAGUGAGUAAAGAGAAAGCAUGUGAGCUCAGAUUGCAUGUAAUAGCAAAGAUAAGAGGAUUCACGGAUGCGGCUCAGGAACUUGAAUUAUUUACAACUGCUCCUGCCCUUGCAAUACCAAAAGCUAUAUCAAAUGAUGGUCUAGAGGCUUCUCAAAUUGAUUAUUAUGAAAUAAAUGAAGCUUUUUCGGUUGUGUCUCUUGCAAAUCAGAAGCUUCUUCGUCUUAAUCCUGUGAACAAACUUAAUGUACAUGGUGGAGCUGUAUCAUUAGGCCAUCCACUAGGUUGCAGCGGGGCUUGAAUCCUAGUUACAUUAAUAUGGGUAUUGAGACAGAAGAAUGGGAGAUAUGGUGUUGCUGGCAUCUGCAAUGGCGGAGGCGGAGCAUCUGCACUUGUCCUUGAGCUCAUCAGAGGCAGCUAUUCUGUUGAACCAGAAUCUUGUCUUUGGCACCACACCAAUAAAAGACUUGGUCAGGCAAAUGGAGUACACACUUUGGCAUUUUGGCCUAAACAUGUUAGGACAAAAUCCACUUUGUUUUCUAAAUAUAUAAUGUAG